GGCGGUUUUCAUUUCAUUUCUCAUCGCAAUCAUCUUCGUCUGUCGUACGGUUCAUCCAUAAGAAUGGCUGACAAAGAAGAACCAUCAUCAGGAGGAGGAGGUGACAACACUACACGUGGAACUGAUUGGGAAGUUGUUUCACUCACCGCUUCUGCUUAUGCUGCUUCUCCUGGUCCCAAACCAGUACAUGAUAAGGAUGUUACUCCUCCUUCGGAAGCAGAGACCUCUCAUCCUUUGUACAUGUCUCGCCACUUUGUUUUCCCAUCCAGUGAAGAACUUCACACCAACGUGGAACCUAGUGACCUUCCCGGCGAGAUCUACGAAGAUAAGGCAAGCAAGAAGAUAGAUUCUGAAUUCUCUCUGGACCAAGAAGCUCCCGGAAAAGAAGAUGGUGGAGAUUUGUCUCUGAAAGGCUUGGAAUUGGGCAAAGAUGAUGAGUUUGCAGGACUUGACUUUUUCGAAGAGGAGAAAGGCAAAAGCAACAUUUACAAGAAGAAGACUUCUCUGGAAGAUGAUGAAAGAGCUUUUGGUGGAUCACAUGUCUACGAACAGACAGAACCUGUUCAUCAACAGACCGUCCACCCCGACGACAUCACUCCAGAUGUUUCACCUGAACUGGAAGAUGAUGAUGACAAGCAUCAUCAAGUAGCAGCAGCAAACUCCCCACCACCUUGCGAGCCUUGGUGGAAAAGAAGCGCCGCUUCUUUGAUUUCACAUGCGAAAGAAACUAACACUGUUUGGUCCAUUUUCAUAGCUGCAGCUGUGAUGGGAGUUGUCGUUCUUGGCCAGCGUUGGCAACAUGACAGGUGGCAGAUUUUGCAGCUUAACUGGGAAUCAACCAUUGGUAACGAGAAAGCUGGAAGACUGAUGGGACCGAUCUCACGACUGAAACAAGCAUUUGUCGGGGGACAGCGACGGGACUCAUUCAUACGGGCCAGUUCCCAAAAUGACAGUUAAAAACGAAGACAGGAGAUACAUCGUGAUUUGGUUUGAUGAUGACGAUACAAACAGUAAGAGUAUGUGUGUGUAGUUUGUGACUCUUUGUGUCCGAAUGUAAGUCAAAAACAAAUAAAGAUGAUGAUGGAUGGAUGGAUGGAUGGUAAGUAAAAGUCUUUGGGGUUUUAUAUUAAUGUUUCGGUCAAGGUUUGUGAUGUGUGUACAUAUAUGGCUUUCGGUUUGUUGUCAAGUGUACGCUUUGCUUCUUAUUUUAUUUUAUUUAAGGACUUAUUGGUUUCAAAAUCUUCACUUAUUUUUGUUGUCUAAUUACGAGUGCAUUACCUUAUAAGACACUUUUUUCUUUUUUUUAUCACUUUAAG